AUCUAGGGGGCCGUGCGACUCCCCAUAAUAGAGAACGGCAAAGCCACGGGAACGGGGAACCACGGCUUGAAGCCGAAAGUUACCUUUCGGUCGGCUAUUUUUAGUGCAAUCUCGGGACGUUCGCUUCGCGAGCGAAUGGUUUGAAAGACAAUACUUCCUCCGUGUCGGGCGUGAUUGUUUCUUUCAAUUUGUCUGUCUGUGAGUGAUAACUUUUUCAAGGAGCAUCAACAAGAAAGAACUGAAAAUGCCUGUCUUCCAUACGAAAACCAUUGAGAGUAUAUUGGAGCCUGUAGCUCAGCAGGUUUCAAGGCUCGUGAUUCUCCAUGAAGAAGCUGAAGAUGGCAAUGCUAUGCCUGAUUUGUCCCGGCCAGUUCAAGCCGUCAGUCAUGCUGUGGCUGACCUUGUCAAGGUUGGCCGUGAAACAAUCAACAGCAGUGAUGACCCUAUCCUUAAGCAGGAUAUGCCAGCCGCGCUUCACCGAGUGGAAGGUGCUUCUAAAUUCCUGGAGGAGGCUAGUGGCAUGCUGAAAGGUGAUCCAUAUUCUGGACCAGCAAGGAAAAAACUGAUAGAGGGCUCAAGAGGCAUUCUGCAGGGAACAUCUGCUCUGCUGUUGUGCUUUGAUGAAUCUGAAGUUCGCAAGAUCAUAAGAGAGUGCAAAAAAGUUCUGGACUAUCUAGCUGUUGCUGAAGUUAUUGAAUCUAUGGGAGAUCUUGUACAAUUCCUUAAAGAUCUUAGCCCAUGCCUUAGCAAGGUUUCAAGAGAAGUUAGUGCACGUUCUGAAGAACUGACCCACCAGGUGCAUCGAGAAAUAUUGGUACGCUGUCUUGACCAAGUAAAAUCAUUGGCUCCAAUUUUGAUAUGCAGCAUGAAAAUCUUCAUCCAUAUCAUAUCUCAAAGCAAAGAGGGAGCAGAGGCUAAGGGUGCCCGUGAAGCUGCUGAGAACAGAAAUUACCUGGCUCAACGCAUGACUGAUGAAAUCAAUGAAAUCAUUCGUGUGCUCCAAUUGACAACAUAUGACGAAGAUGAAUGGGAUGCGGAUAACUUGACUGUAAUGAAGAAGGCUUUGAAUGCUAUCCAAAGCAAGAUGCGUGCUGCUCAUGAUUGGCUUGAGGAUCCUUUGGCUCUUCAAGGUGGAGUUGGUGAAAAGUCUGUUCGGCAGAUUUUGGAAUUUGCCAUGAAGGUAGCUGAGCGUUCAUUGCCUAAUGACCGUGAUGCUAUUCGCAAGAUGUGCUCUGACAUCAGAACUAUGACUGAUGCUUUGUGUGAGCUGCGUAGAGAUAAGAAGGGAGCCACACCACAAGCUGAAGCUUUAGCUCGCGGAAUUCAGGACAAGUUGGGUGAACUGUGCACACUUCUCACACGCGCUGUGAAUAAUGUGGAAAAGUCUGGCAUGCAGCAGCCUGCUCAUACAGUAAUGGGACGUCUGGAGCAGGCUAAACGUUGGUUAGCCAAUCCUGAAAGGGACGAUCGCGGCCUUGGACAACGUGCUAUCCAGCUUAUUGUGGAGGAAGGGCGGAAGGUGGCUGAAGGAUUGCCGGGUGUUCAAAAAGCAGAAAUUCUCGCUCUCUGUGAUGAGGUAGACAUGUUGUCAAGGCAGUUAGCUGACUUGUGUCGUCGAGGUCUUGGUGACUCCCCACAAGCAAAGGAGAUUGCAAGGCAACUGGCUCAGAAACUGCAUGAGCUGAAAAACCGCAUCCAAAGUGCUGUUGUUAAUAGAGUUGUAGAGGACUUCAUUGAUAUUACGACUCCAUUGAAGCAGUUUGUUGAAGCUGUCAAUGUACCUGAAGGAACUCCUGGAAGGGAGGAGAAUUUCGCUCGAAAAGCCCAAAACUUGCAGAACUUUUCCAACCGUGCUGCUAAAACAGCACGUAUGGUUGCUGCUGGAGGUGGUGGUGGAAACAAAAAAUUAUCUGAAGCCCUCCUGUCAUCUGCAAAUCAGUUGGAAAGCCUGACCCCUCAAUUGGUUAAUGCUGGCAGCAUAAGAAUGCAUUAUCCUUAUGACAAAACAGCUGAUGAACAUUUCAACAACUUGAAAAAUCAAUAUGAAGACAGUAUUGAGCGAAUGCGAAAUCUCUGUGAUCAAGCUACUGACCCUGCUGAAUUCAUCCGUCUCUCUGAGGCUCAGAUGCAAAAACACACAGUCCUUUGUGAGGAUGCUAUCCGGGCCAAUCAGCCACAAAAAAUGGUUGACAACACUGCUAGUAUUGCUCGUUUAGCCAAUCGUGUGCUGAUGGUUGCUAAACAAGAGGCAGAUAACUCUGAAGAUCCGUCCUUCAUUGCCCGUGUCAAUGCUGCUGCCAAUGCUUUGGAGCGAAGUGUGGCACCCAUGGUACAAGAUGCCAAACAAGUAGCAAUGGACACAAAUAACCCAGCAGCUUGUUCAAGGUGGAGAGAUUCCAACAGAGGGUUACUUAAUGCAGUUGGUCAAGUCCGUCAAGCUAUUGCACCUGAGGUACCCCAGCCUCCAGAUGUGAGCUCUCUACACCUGAAUGACGACCGAGCACCUCAGCAACAAUAUAACUACUUCACCGACAAAGGUGUGGGUGGAUGGUGUAUUUCAGUUGGACAGCAUCUUCGUGAACAACCAAGUCCCAACGGGCUACAAAGUGGGAACUAUGGCAGCCCCAGUACUCCUGUAUAUUUUGGCAGAUCCUCUCCUACUAUCUCAAGUCUUUCAUCUCCUUCAGGAGGUGUUCACAGAAAUGUCAGUCCCCUUCCUAGGUGGGCCCAAGGAGAUGGAACCAAUUUAUUGUAUCAGGAGCUAACUUCUGAUGAUGAGUACUUUUCAAGAGUAAUUUGUUCUCAAAACAACUUGUACAUUGAUGACAUGGCCCCCCCUCGCCCACCCCUUCCUGGUGGCGACAUGCCUCCACCACGCCCACCACCACCAGCAGAGACAGACGAUGAAGAUGAUAUGUUCUUGCAUGCUCCGGGCGCCAACCAGCCUAUCAUGAUGGCUGCUCAUGGUUUGCAUCAAGAAGUAAAGCAGUGGUCGAGCAAAGACAACGACAUUAUUGCUGCAGCUAAGAAGAUGGCCCUGUUGAUGGGACGUUUGUCUCAACUUGUUCGAGGUGAAGGUGGAACCAAGAGGGACUUGAUUGCCUGUGCUAAAGCCAUAGCGGAGGCAUCUGAAGAAGUGACCCGUUUAGCCAAAGAGCUUGCUCGGGAAUGCACUGACAAACGAAUGCGCACUAACCUCCUUCAAGUGUGCGAGCGGAUUCCUACUAUUGGCACCCAGCUGAAGAUUCUUUCAACUGUGAAGGCUACCAUGCUUGGUGCUCAAGAGAUCCUGCCCCGAUGUGCAAUGGGGGAGUUAAUUGGUGGCUCGGAGGAGGACCAGGAGGCAACCGACAUGUUGGUAGGCAACGCUCAAAACCUUAUGCAGUCUGUAAAGGAGACUGUAAGAGCUGCAGAGUCCGCAUCUAUCAAGAUCCGCACUGACGCUGGUAUCAGGCUGCGCUGGGUCCGCAAGCAGCCUUGGUACAGGUACUAAAUGGAAAAUGAAUAUUCAAGAAAUGGAAAGGGCACUUAAGUACUUCAAGCCAAAGUUCAAUAUCAAAAUCGAAGCAGUCUGAUAUUAGUUUCCAUCGCAGCUAUCCAGAUUUACCUUAUUUUGUAGGGUAAUAGUCUAUUGUAUGACAAUCACUGCCUUCCUAGAAAGCUAUAUCCUGUGAACUUCAUGGUGAAUCUCAUAGAACGUCAUGUUAUGCUUCGAAUUUGUUCUGUUGUUAAGAUAAGUCAUGCAACAGUGAAAUGCCGAGGAAAAAAGGAUAGUAUGCAAGUCAAGCAUUAAUUUGAGCAUUUUACAAGAUUGAUCACUGUCUUCCUGACCCAGUCUUAUGCUGCAUUUUGGGACAGUCAUGACUUGACUCAAAGAUCACUACUGACAUUGUUUAAAAUGAGUGGUUUAUUAGGGAUGCCAUAAGGCCUGAAGCAAUUUAAAACUAAUGAAUGAGGAGCAAUUAGUGCUAAGGGAGCUGUGACUUUGACCUCUUUUUGAGGUACCUCUUCCAUGGCAUUUAGUACCAUUUAAAUCUAGUCUGAUUAGGUUGAGCUUGUGUAGUCGAGUGUGACUGCAACAUCCAUCUCCGAUUUGAUCCCAAAACUAGGUAUAUUGAAUAAAUGAAUAUAUAGCACUCCUCUUCAAAAAGGCUCUCCUGACUUUUGUCAAAUUCUUUCAUGAGUUUCCUUUUGUUUCCUUUUGUGUGUCUAACUUAUUUUGUGCAUCUAUUUAUUUCUAAACAUCAAGUGGUGUUUGGAUAUGUUGGUUACUUUUACAAGCAACGUUCUAGUAACUUUUAAAAAAGUCUCUGCGACACAUUUUUUAACUUCAUCUUGUCCCAAGUGAUAAUUGCAUGAGUUACAUAAAAAAAGUUAACUGAAAAAUUGCAACAACGUAUCUCUUCACAAGAAAUAAUUUCAAGCAGAAAAUUUUGUACCCAACUUUUAAUUAGUGUACUAUCAAGUUACUCUCAAAAGACUUAAUACUUAUAAAAAUAGACUUGUGUGAUGUAAUGACUAGGUGUUUUUAACAUGUAAAUGAGACUAAUUGUACUGGUUUAAUGCAAACAUGUACAGGGUAGAAAAUAAGCUGGCUUUUGACUUUGCCUUUAUACAUAUUUGAGCUUUUAUAUUGGGACGCAACAUAUGACCAGAAUCUUGAGAACCAAUUACGACUAUCUGAUGUUUGACCACUCAGUGAAUUUCGAUUGGAUUUGCUCAAGUUUUUAACAGUAGUGUAAGGUUGAGUACAUAUUGGUGUCCAGAUUAGGGUCCUAAGAUCCUUAGGUCCUUAGGUCCCUAUUCUAAACAAACUUGGGGAAGUGUAGCGUAUUAUAUGUGUCCAUUGUGUACCUGUUAACACUGUUUAGGAUUUUGCAACUGUUUAAUUAACCCUUUCAGGUUGAUUCAGAAACAAAAUGGUAUGAAAUUCUAUAUUCAUUCUGGGAGGAAUUAAAAUUGAUUUUCUUAUGACAAGUUUUGUGCCUUUGGGUCUUUCUUGUUGGGUGUUAACAUUGGCACCUCAUUUUAUGCCCGCAAGCCUUUUAAAAUCAAACAAAUGAUCUCAUGACAUGAGAGCUCACAAAUUUUGUAAUGUUUUAAAGACAAGUUUUUGAAACCUGCUGAGGAUUUUUUUGUGGCUUUUGCUAUUUGUAAUUUAGGAAAAUGCAGGGAGCAUAUUUUUCUAAGCUCUUUCAUAUUUUGAUACGAUAAAUGUAUUUGACCACCUUUUGCAUGUUUUUUCAAUGCUUGUUUUUCUCCUAAGAUGUCAUCAAGUUCAUUAUUUGUCACCAACAUCAUUUCAGAUAAAAUUGCAUCAUAAUUGUGAAAUGAUACUCCUACAAUGAUAGCCAUUCCACUCAUGUGUUUUUGAGUUCAUGUUUGUUUCUAUUUCAUCGCAUCAUAGCUGAAAGCAUUUUUAUAUUUUAUCUCACAGGUCUUGUAUCAACAACUAUGUAUGCUCUGUCACUUCUUAUAGGGGCAAGAUUAUUAUUUUUUUAAAUGUGAUCUGGCUGGUGAAACUACCCAAAGUCACUCUUUUACUUAAGCAAAUUGUGCAUUUCAUGCUUUUCAUACUGUCAUUCUGCAAGAAGCUUUCGUCUUAAAAAACUUUGUUGAUUUGUAGAUUUCGGUGCCAUAUAAUUGUGAUUAAUUUAAAGCUUUUUUACUAUGAUUAUUAACAUAUAACGCACAAACAGCUUUUUGUGCGGUAUGCUAUUUAUUUUACUCAUAUCUUCAACUUACCAUUAAUUGUUUUGCCCAGAUAGAAGUCUGGCAACACACCUGAAGAAUACAUGAGUGUCUUGUUUUAUGUUAAUAUCUUUUCUUAUAAUUUAUUAUUAAGUUUGUAAUGUUUUAAUGUAAUUUCUUAAAUCAUUAAUUUUUAAAAAUGAUUAGGUGAGUGAGGUUUAUCUUUACUCACAUUUUGUUUGAAACAUUAUCUACUGUCAUCAGUAGUGUCUGGCUUGUUCUCUUUACGGAUUUUGCAUGAUAUUCUCUGUGGCAUUUCAUUUUACAGUAUUACUGUUGUAACGUUGUUAUGUUUAUCCCUGUGAUGUGAGAUGUUCUUUUAGGAUUUGUGUGUUAAGUAUUGCUUGCAACUGAGUCACACAUAACCACAUUACUGGAAAAUAAUCUUCCAAAUUUCAUGUCUUAAAAAUUUGGACUGUGACGGGGCCACCCUUGAAGACGCAAUCCCAUAACAUUACAAAACUGUUGCUAGUCAAUGUGUGAGUUAUUGGAUUGUCCUCAAUUUGGCUGCUAUCUGAAGUCCGCACAGGUGACUUACAUCAAUUGCUCUCCUCUAAAGCAAUUAUGCUGAUAACAUGGACACACUUCAUGUGUCGUCCUAAAUAUUUUCAAACUUAAUUCAUUUUGCAAGUGCAUUUUUGCUUGACUUUCUAGGUGACAGUUAUACUGUGCUAAUUAUUUGUUUUGACUUUGUUUUAACAUUGAUAACUGUAAUUUAUACAUGGCACUUUAGGUUUCUGAACAACUGGUUUCUUUGUAUCCAUCAUUGACUAAAGCUGGGAUGUAUUUAACUAUUAUUAUUUUUUUCUGUUAAAAUUUAAUUAUUAGCAAUUUUGUAUCCUAACUCAUGUUUCAACUUCAGAUAGCUUUAAUAAUUAUCCCUUCAUUAUGUUAACAUACUAUUAACAGCAGUCCUGUUACAUCCAUUGUUUCUCAAAAACUCUGUACAUCAUUCUGUUGUGUACAAAAGUAGUUGCGUACGUGUGUUAUGUAACAUUUGAAAUGAAUAAUAAACAAUUAUUUGUCCGCA